AUGGUUGUCACGACGUCUAGCAUACCCAGACUAGCUGGUCGCUGGCAGUGUAAGCACGCUGAUUGGGAACAGGUGUUUGCUUAUUUGGACGAAUUAGUCGGAACUCGUCAGAACAACGUGCGUUGUCUUGCCGAAAAAGGACGUGGGGACGGCCCUCUAGAUACGGCAGUGAAGUGGUUUAGAUGGUAUCAACAGCAGGCAGUGGCACCUCCACCUCCACAAGCAUCGUCCACCUCCCGGCACCUGCGGGCUCAGGCCGACCGCCCACGGCAUUUAACGAGUGAUAACGUACGACACAUCGGCAUCCGCGUUAUCAGUUGUGCCACCUUGCAUAAUCCAAGGCAGAUGUCGCAGCAGCAGAUAGCGCGGUGCGCGACGCGGACCAUCUAG